AUGCAGUACACCCUUCUCCUCGCCGCCGCCACCUCGGCGCUGCUCACCUCGUCAUGCGCCAAUGCCAGUCCGGCCCCACCGCAGAUCACCGCCGCGCCCCGGGCCGCUCAGGUCGCGCGCAACCUAGCCCGGCGACAGCAGCCCAGCCCCGCGGGGAGCAGUGUGCUGGCCAAAGUCAUGACCAUUGCGGCCGGGGAGAGCUUUGACGGCGGCAACGUCAUGUUUGAUCGCGGCGUAUCGUGCACGGGGCAGGAAGAAGGCGGCUCUUCGGACGCCGUGUUCAUCCUUGAGAAGGGAGCCUCGCUGUCCAAUGUCAUUAUCGGUCCCAAUCAGAUUGAAGGCGUCCACUGCCAGGGCGGGUGCACGCUGACCAACGUCUGGUGGGACGCCGUCUGCGAGGACGCGUUCAGCAUCAAGACGCAGGACGCCGGCGAGACGACGCACAUCAAGGGCGGCGGCGCGCGCAGCGCCGAGGACAAGGUCGUGCAGCACAACGGCGGCGGCACCGUCGUCAUCGAGGACUUCACCGUGUCCGACUUUGGCAAGCUAUACCGCAGCUGCGGCAACUGCAAGAGCAUGCCCGCCCGGCACGUUCAGGUCGUCGGCGGCAGCGCGACCGACGGCAAGCUGCUGGUCGGGAUCAACCCGAACAUGGGCGACACUGCGGUCGUCCAGGGUGUGAGCAUGUCUGGCGUCAAGGACAAGUGUUUGGCGUUUGAGGGCGUCACCGAUGGGAGCGAGCCCAAGCAGAUUGGUCCUUGCGAGGGUGUCUAG